AUGGAGAGGCGGCGUGCGGCAGCGAUGCGCAGCACUGUCCGCCUCGUCAGCCACGCGGCCCGCGCUUUUGUGGACGCCUUGCCGCGCCGCGUCCACGUGAUUUCGCCCACCGAACGCGACCUUGGUGCGCUCGUCGCAGCCGCGCCGCGCCUCGCCCCCAUGGCCCGCGACCUGCGCGUCUGCGCCAGCUAUGGCUUCGACGUCGCCGGGCUCGCAGCGGCGCUGCCGCGGCUGGGAUUCUCGGAGCUAACCUCUCUGGUCAUCUACACGCCCUACGAGGGCGCCUACUUCCAAAAAGACACGUACCAGGCCCUCGCUGACCUGGCGGCGUGCAUGGCCCUGUUCCCGCGCCUGGAGGCGCUCGAGGUGCACGUGGACAUCCCUUCCGACGACGAAGAGGAGGAGGAGGAGGCGGACCCCACAGUCGGCUUCGGGGCGCUCAUCGACUCGGCGGCCCGCCACCUGCCGGAGCUACGGGUGCUGUGGCUACCCAAUGGCGGCGUCGGGCCGGGCGGCGAUCGCGCGCUGCAGCAGGCGCUGUCGCGGCAAGCGUGGCCGAAGCUGCAG